AUGCCUCAAGCAGAUGUCAACCCUCAAAAAAUUCCAGUCCUUUUCGUUGAAAAUCUAAAGAAUGACAUAGAAUAUUACAUUGAUUUGUCUGUGGCCGCCUCAACCAAACAGACAUACAGUGCUGGUGAGAAACGGUUUAUUGCUUUUGUAAAAUUAUAUCGACCCCAUGAAGGAAAGCACCUUCUACCAGCAAGUGAAGAAACACUCGUGCAAUUUUUAGCCUAUUUAGCCAAAACCAUCAAACACACAUCCAUAAAAAACUAUCUUGCAGCAGUUCGUCAUUUUCCCAUACAAAAUGGUUUUCCAUUGGAUUGUCAAAAGAUGUCACGUCUCCAGCUGGUUCUUCGGGGUAUAAAACGUUCCCAAGGUGAUGAGAAAAGAGUGCGCCUUCCAAUAACAAUCCAUCAUUUAAAACUUUUUCACAUGAUGCUAGCGAUACCUAGCAAUAACACAUUUUGA